AUGGUACGGAUUUUGGCUAAUGGAGAAAUUGUGCAGGAUGAUGACCCCCGUGUGAGGACCACCACCCAGCCACGUAGUAGCACACCUCGCCAGAGCUUUCUCAACAGGGGCCAUGGUGCUCCCCUGGGGGGUCCUGGCCCCCGCCAGCAGCAGGCAGGGGCCAGGCUGGGUGCUGCUCAGUCCCCGUUCAAUGACCUCAACCGGCAGCUGGUGAACAUGGGCUUCCCCCAGUGGCAUCUGGGCAACCACGCCGUGGAACCGGUGACCUCCAUCCUGCUCCUCUUCCUGCUCAUGAUGCUUGGCGUUCGUGGGCUCUUGCUGGUGGGCCUCGUCUACCUGGUGUCCCACUUGAGUCAGCGGUGA